CAACAUGGAUUUAGUUUUGAUUAAGUAUUUACUUAACUAAAAUGGAAAAUCAUGAAUUCAAUGAGAUUAAAAUACUGCAAAGAGUGUUUCAUGGUGUUAUUUUUGCGAACAGGGUCUGCAGAAUUGUCACGAAGAAAUAUUUACAAUUAACGGUUUACAUAUGAAUAACUGAAUGAACGUGUUCUACUUAACCACAAAAACAACAAUAAUGUGAACUGGAAUAGCGUAAAAUAUCAGAGCAGUAACGGAAAUAUAUAAAUUUGUAUUAAUUUAUAAAACCACAUACAUUGGUUUAUUAUUAGGGUGAAUAUUUUUUUAUUAAUUAUACAGUUUGUAUGCUUAUAGAAUAUUUUGUUCUGUUUUAUUUGGGAACCCACGUAUUACAUCAAUCAUUUACAUAUGAAUCUGAAAAAUUGUUAAUGGUUAAUUUAAAGACUCAAAAAAUGCAUUCUGAUAGUAGGCCAAACGGUAGUAUACUUAUGUGUGAGUUGUACAUGCUUAUUCCGUCGACAGUGCAUAGCAUAUUCAUAGAAUAAACUGAGAAAGGCUGGCAUUCACUUAGUUUGAAUGAAGCAAAGAUCAAUAUUUGGUAUACACAUGUUGUUUGUAAUGAAAAUUUUAGAAGCAAUGCAUUUUCAUCAAAUAUGAAACAAGAUUACAUUUGCAAGCAAAGUUAACUGUUGAUUUCGUGUCUGAAAUUGACAAAAUGCUAAGGGAAAUAAUAGUUUUGCACUGAACUGAAUAGAAAAUAUGGUUACAUAAUCUUUCACAAACUUCUGAAGAACAUUAACAAUAUGAGACACUGAUUUGUUUUCCAACCAACAUGUCGAAUCACUUGAAAACGAAAAUACAGAGCAUUUUAUACUGUGGUAAAACAUAUUCAAGUUGGAUUGUUAGUUGUCAAACGAGGUUCCCAAUUCCAUUUAACACUACCUAGUCAAAAGAGUAAUGGGAAAUCAGCCUUCAAAGCGUUUGCAAACGGAUAGUGAAUACUGCCUAGGCCGAGAUGGUAUUAUUGACAAUAUUCUGAAGUCCAUUGAAGGAGAUCAUGGAAACGUUGUAGCCAUUUGCGGCCCUCCGCACAUUGGAAAGUCCAUGGUUCUGAUAAAAUCAUUUCUAAAACAAAGCAAUGUUAAAGACACCAAUGGGUAUUUUAUGUAUUAUAACUUUCAAGAUAAUAAGAAUUUUAGUUAUCAACAAAAUGAAAAUAUCUGGAUGUCAAAAUUGAAAGUUUUAAAUGAAGAGGAGCAAAACAAUAUUGAAGACCAUAAUGACUAUAGAACAUUACUUUCCACACUUGUGACGCGUGUAGCACUCAAACAUAAAACUGUCUAUCUGUUUCUUGACAAUGUCGAUGUUUUGAUGAAUUGGGGGGAAACAAAAUUUGCGGAGUUCUUGGAGUUUGUAAAGACUUUAGAACAAACGGAUAACAAUGUGAAAAUCAUUUUCUCCACCUCGACACAAAUUGUCCAAAACAGACGAUGGCCUAUGAUUGAGAAGAUACCGCCGUUGCCCACCAAGGAUAUGUGUGAUAUUAUAACAAGCGAGUGCGAAGAUAAAGGGGUGGACAUUGACAUGCAGCGCCUGUGCAUACCUCUUAUAGCCAUUUUGUGUGAUGGUAUACCAUAUGCAGCAGCUACUGCAGGAAGCAUCCUCUCCGAACACGGCGGAUUGAUUACACCAGUAGAACUGCUGGAGCUGAUGAUUGUAGAAAGAUUGGAUGUCCUCAGUCCGUCCAACUGUCCACUUUCUGAUCGUUUGGAUGCGAUGAUUGAGCCAAUAAAAAAACAAGAAGUCAAGGAAGAAGUAAAGGCGUUCCUUUCAAAUCUUAUAAUGGUCGAAUCGCGAAAAGUCACUGAACAACAAGCAUACUAUUGCAAUGGUUACCCCAACGCACCCGUUGCAAUGUUCAAGAAAUCCGUACUACGACCGCUACUGACAAGUUUUAUUCUUGUCAAAGAGCAUGAUCUGGUUCUUCCAUCCGUCUUCAAAGAAUGCAAGAUAGCCUUAGACAAAAGGAGGGCAGAAGAAUGCGUUAACUCGGAAACCAUUCAACAGAUGGAAACAUGCAAGCUUGAGGUUACAAGAGAUAACCUUAAAAAGCUGGAUAUGGUAUUUAAAAUAACCGAUAACACGAGCCCGAAAGAUCUUGAGGUAUUUCUUCAGGAUCUUAUGAAAACCAAGUCGAUAACCGAUGACGAAAUAUCCGAUGAAAGUAAUGACGAUAAAGAAUCUUACAGAAGAGAGGUUCUAGACUUAACGGGGCUGAAGGAUGAACUUGAGAUUCGGGAAAACGAAGUGGCCUCUGAAGAUGCCGUAAGACACAAUGGCGAUGGGGCAGAUGAGGAAUUUUUGCAGAAGCUAGACCAAAGAAGCAUGCAGGGAAUGUCAAUGCCCAGUUUGGACCGAUCGGAUAUAAUGAACAAGGACAAAACAGAGAUAAUGAUUAGAUACGUCGACAAUGGUGUUGGUCUAAGGUUUCAACAGAAAACAUUGAGUGAAACCGUUCCGAAAGUGGCAUACAAUUCGGAAUGCCCCAACCCAGUUGUGUAUGAUGGAUUCGACAAUUUACAAGAACACACAAUGGGCAGUGUUGAUUUACUUUCUAAACAAAAAAUACAUGGCGAGUCAAUAGAAGUGGUGACAAGUGAUAACACUUUAAAUCAAGGUGGAUAUAAUCAAGACCAUGUUAACGGAGUAUAUGAAUUAUCUGAAUUAGCAAUCAAAAUGCCUAAUGGGGAACAUGCAAAGACACAUGAUCAAUUGGAAAAUCAAGGUGGAUAUAUUGAAAACCAUGUCAACGGAGAAUAUCAGAUAUUAUCUGAUUUAGCAAUUGAAACUCCUGAUGGGGAAGAUGCAACGACAAAUGCUCGAUUGGAAAGUCAAGGUGGAUAUAUCGAAAACCAUGGAAACGAAACUCCUGAUGGAGAUGAUGCAACGAUAAAUGAUCAAUUGCAAAGCCAUUAUUUUGUACGAUCUGAAAUAUUAUCUGUUCCUUCGAGUGGACCGAUAGCAAUACAUGGUGAUCAUGUCCAACCUAGGGAAACAAGUUCGCAGAGUGCUACGUAUGCAGUGCCUCGUGUACCAAAGAAAUUUGAACCGAAGUUAUUUCCGGUACUCAGAACACAGGGGUCGGCGGACAGCGGAAUAUUUUCCCCUGAAGUAAAUGGGAAUGCACCAGAGUUUUAAGUAUUAAAUGUUUGCAUAAUUUAAGUUGUUGAUCUCCACUUGACCGUUUGAGGCAGCUGCCAUAUAACAAUUUGCAUCGUUUUCAGACAGAGCUGUUAUAGAUUACCAAUCUUGAUUACUCAAUUUUAUGAAAUUAGGGACUCAUAACAAGAUUGCGUUUAAAACAAGCUACUUUAACCCGCUAACGAAACAUUGUUAGGUUUCAGGACCUAGUCGACGAAUGCUAAUUGGGUGACUCUGAGUAACUGACAUUUUUUAAACCCAGCGUCCACUAAUGUGAAAUCAGUAAACAGGGUCAAUACCAUCAUGUAUUUUGUAGUGGUGUACAUGGCGCGAACCUGGAAUGGGGUUCUCUGUUUAUACUGUGCGCUUGUAGAUUCAAAUCAUUUAGAACAUAUCAUUUCGUUGGUUUACCUGCAUGUUCAUAUGUACAAUUUUGCCAUUUUUUUCCGUAAUAUUGUGCAGUAUGGUAUGCUAUAAACAAAUGUACAUAUUUUAUUAUUGGUUCAUAGUAUUAUUGGUUUAUUGUAUUUCCCGUAGUCUUAAGUGUAAGAUAGGUGGUUUUGAUGCAUUAAUAUAUUUUCUGUGUAAAUACUCCAAAUGAUUACACCAUAAGCAUAUAGUCUUGGCAUGAUCUCAUAUCAUAUAUUUUUUCUCUUGUUGUUCACAUCAAUAAUUAGAGUUUGGAAUUGCAAGUUCUUCAUCAUUAUUGUAGUAACUAAACACAGAAUCCAUUCAAAUUUACUAUAUUUAAAGGUGAACAUACU